CACAAUCGAACACAGUUUCAGGACUUCACUAUGGUUCAAAUCUCAUCACUCUGGGGUGCUUCUGCACUCAUUAUUAGUCUUUCGAGUCGCUCGAUAGCUUCAGUUUUACAAAGUCGACAAGCAGCUGCAGCACAAGUCGUCAAGCUCGCCUCGACUGAAAAUCUUGCAGUCCGACCAAAUGGCCAAAUCCUAGCAACAAACAUGAACAGCGCAAAUCUGUAUCUCGUUGAUCCAGUCGCAAAAACUUCCAAGACAGCUGUUGUAGUCACUGGAGCUUCAGGCUUGAGCGGAAUUGCAGAAGUCACUCCAGAUGUAUUUGCCGUGAUCGGUGGGAAGGGGAUCUACAAAGUCGACUUCACAGGAGCCUCACCCGUCGCAAGUCUGAUCAAGACCAUCACCGAAGCCAAUAACUUGAAUGGGUUGACUGCAUUCUCCAACGACACCGUCCUAGUUGCCGAUGCAGGAAAAGGCUCAGUCUUCCGCUUCAACAUCUUGACAGGAGCAUACUCGACAGCCAUAACAGACCCCACCAUGGCACCCUCUGGCAGCAUUCCAUUCGGCAUCGACGGCAUCCGGUACAAAGAUGGUGUCGUUUGGUACACCAAUAUUUUCAAAAAUAGUUUCCACAAGGUUCCUGUUGAUGCGACUGGCAAGGGGACGGGUGCUGUUACUACGCUUUGGACGAAUUUGAUGGGUGAUGACCUGUGCUUUGGGCCGAAUGGCAAGAUCUACAUUGCGACGAACGGGAAGAACUCGAUUGUGGAGGUCGAUCCAGCUGUGGGUAAGCCGACAGCUAUAACUACGGUUUCGGGUUCGACUUCUUGUGGAUUUGGACGGACGGAGAAAGAUAAGGAUGUCAUUUAUGUUGGUGGUGGGAGUGGUAUAUUUUCGUUCACUGUCAAGCUCUGAGGGCCCCUUCAUGUCAUCCCUGGACGAACAGAGAUGUAUUUUGGGCAGUGAAUGGAAUGGAAAAUAACACUUGAUUGUGUAUCAGCUCGGAGUGUCUACUUCAAGCUUAGUCCGUUGAAUGUCGCAUUUUCACUAUCAUGUUUUGAAGCUUCACAUAUCUCAUUCUGGGACAAAUUUCCG